AUGGUUAUGUAUUAUAUAAUAACUGGAAGACAACCUUUUGAAAAUUGUGCACAUGAUGGUUUAUUAGCAUUAGAUAUAUGUAGAGGAAUUAGACCCGAAAUACCUGAAAUACCUGAAUUGAAAUCAAAUUGGUAUAUUGAUCUAAUGAAAAAAUGUUGGGAUUCAAAUCCGGAUAUUAGACCAAAUGUU